AUGUCACAGAAACUGACUCCCAAGCUCAUACGCAAGCUUUUUCCGGAGCAGAAUAGCAAAGAAAUUGAGCGGCUCAAUGUCUCGGCAAAGGACAUCGUGGAGGUUGGUGACUUGACGACAUGCCCUAGCUUGAUCAGACUCGACCUGAGCCUGAACAACAUCCAGGACACGAAUUUUGCAACCACCUGCCAGCAGAUCAAGUGGCUAUCACUUGCAAACAACCCGAUCGCCGACGUUCUGAAUGUGGGCCAUGCAAAGUUGGCUGGCAAGAUCAGGAUACAGGGUCUUGACCAGCUGGGGUUGAAGCGGCUGCCAAACCUCAACACACUUGUGCUGAAGCAAAAUGCCUUCAAGGAACUGGGCACCAGCCUGCACAAGUGCGGGGGCCUGCAGAAGCUCUCGAUGGCGCACAACCAGCUCAGCAGCAUCGGGGACGCGCUCUCGCACUGCACAGCGCUCAAAGAGCUGCGGCUGAACCACAACGCCAUCGAUUUGUUGCCGGCUGAGCUGGCGGCAAAUUCCCAGCUGCGCAUCUUGGACCUGGGAGACAACCCCAUCGCAGACACAGACGCACUCAAGGUCCUGGCAGCGCUGCCCUGGCUGAGGAAUUUGAAUUUGAAAAGCUGCGGAGUGUCCCAAACAGAUGACUACCCGCAGAGCAUCCUGCGCAUGCUGCCGAACCUGGAUGUCCUGGACAACAAGCGGGCGAGGGAUGGCACGCAAGCAAAACAGAAGAAGAAGCGUGGUGUGCCAGAGCAAGAGAUGCAGGAUGUGGGCGAGCAGACAUGCAUGCGUGAUGGCGCAGCAGAGAAGGACAGCGUAGGCUGCUGCUCUUCUGGCAGCCGAACCAGAAGCGCUCGGCACAGCAACUGGAUGGUCUUGGGAGGCUCCGGCACCGGGUGCUGCAACAGAUCCGGGGAUGUCAACUGA